UCAGGGAUAGAGCAUGAAUAACGGUACUCCACAAUAUUUACUGAAAUGUUUCAUCGCCACACCAACGUCGGACAUCCAUGGCGCAUGUAAAUAAACCAUUAAGCAGCCAACGCUGGCCUCUCCGUCUAUAGAUAGGCACGAACACUUCAGCACUGCGAGCUAUUAUUCAGUCUUAAGAUGGCCUGGAUCUGGAAGAAGAAGUCAAUCAUAGUGACCAGUCUGAUUGUAGCGGUGUCUCUGUUUUUGUUGGUGAUUAAUUACUCAGAGAAACCCUACUUCCUGCUGCAGCCGGUGUUCGGCCAGAGCUUCAGUAGAAACUGGAUGUUCUCUCGUCUGCCGCACAAAGCCUUCAAACCCCAUCGCGGCUACCUCGGUGUCCCCGACCAGGAGCCGUUGAAGCUGCACUGCGAGGUUUGCAGUAUAGUGUCCAGCUCUGGCCAGAUGCUGGGGCGUGAGGCGGGAGCAGAGAUCGACCAAUCCUCCUGCAUCUGGAGAAUGAACAACGCACCCACCCGUGGCUUUGAGAGGGACGUGGGCCGCAGGACAGACCUGAGAGUGGUGUCUCACACCAGUGUUCCUCUGCUAAUUCAAAAACCCCAGCACUUCUUUGGCCAGGGGAAUGAGACAGUUUAUGUGGUGUGGGGACCCUUGCGCAACAUGAGGCAGGAUGGCAAGGGCAUUGUGUAUAACAUGCUGCGGCAAGCGGUGGAAAACUACCCACACGCGCGCAUCUACGUCACCACCGAGGACCGCAUGAAUUACUGCGACACUGUUUUCAAGAAGGAAACGGGCAAAGACAGGAUUCAGUCGGGGUCGUAUCUCAGCACCGGUUGGUUCACACUCAUUCUGGCCAUGGACAUGUGCAAGGAGAUCCGAGUCUACGGCAUGAUCAAUGACACGUACUGCAAAUCAGAAGGCUACAGGAAGGUGCCGUACCACUACUAUGAAGCAGGAAGUCGUGACGAAUGUGCCGAAUACCUCUUGCACGAGAGCGCCCCUUAUGGCGGCCACCGAUUCAUCACAGAGAAGGCUGUUUUCGCGAAAUGGGCUAAGUCGCACCCCAUCAAGUUUUUCAGCCCGGAGUGGCAGCUGUCAUGACCAAGACUCCCAUUCGUUCAGAAUAUCCCUUGAUACUACAGCUCUGUUGGCUCGUUUCCCCUACAUCGUAAAGUAAUGUAUUGGCUAAACGAAUCAUUCCAAAUGCGAUUUCAAAUGGCAGUUGUUUGAGUGAAGUAAGUAGCCCAUUGUGACCGCGAGGAGAGUUGUUAAUGAACCUCGUGUUGAUCCUGGUGUGAUCAAAUAGUGGAUUUUGCAUGUUGUCAUUUUAUUCUCAUCUGGACAAUCAAGUAGUGUAUGUCGAGGCACACGUAUUGCAGAAGAGAUCUACAAAGAACGUCACAUCCUUGCUUUAGCUUUCAUUACCUUAAGUGGGCUCACUUUAGGGCUGGCAGAUAUAACAAAUUAUUUUUCAAGUUAUAUUUCAAUACCCUUCAGCUUUUUGAUUAUAUUUGAAUAUAUUUUCGUUUAUAUAUAUAUAUUUUUGAAUAUAUGAUGUAUAUGAUUUUUCCCCACUGUUGGUUAUAUUAUCGGUGAAGUAAAUUCAUACAACUUGCUAAAGAAACAUUAGCAGCAACAACAGUACCACAUACUCCAUUGUGGCGUAUGUUUGUUUGCGCUCGCCUAGACACUUACUAAGCACACACAGGACAUCACCGGAAACGAUAACGGUGGCAUUUUCAAAAAUACACACUUUCUAACAUUUUUUUAAAAAAUACGUGUUUUCAGUCCCCAAAACACAGUUUUCAUGUAAACGAAAAGUCAAAACGUUAAUAAACUCUAAUACAGUUUAGAUUUUAGUAAUGCUGCUAAAUCAGAUUUCACAGACUUUAGAAAACUUAAUAGCUAUAUUAAGUUAUUUUUUUAAUUCCUGCAGCAUAAUAAUCGUGAUAAUUUGAUAUAUCUUCCAGCCCUAGUUUCAUGUAUUAUUAUUUGGCGGUUAUUUUUAUUAUAAUAUUAUUAUUGUUAUUCUUGUCUCAUAGGUGAGCAUUGGACUGAAACAGAUCUUAGGAAAACAGUCACAGUCAAACAUUUUACUUAAAUAAAAAAAAACACAAAAAUCGUAAACAAUUUUCGCUACACCUCUGACAUCCCUUUGGAAGCGUAACAUUGAAAGCAUCCUUUGAGCAGCUUAAUAGGUCAUUCAGGAACGUAUUACUCCGGUUUUUUAUUUAUUCCCUGAACAAAAGAACACAUAUGCAUUUGUUCAUCUGAGACUGUAGAAUACAAAGCGAUAUUCUGUUGUACGUGCCAUGACAAGAACGCAGCAUUGCUUACGAUAUCUAGGUCUGCUGUCGACAAAAGACUUGAAGAACGAUUCAGAAUGACUCAAUUCAGAUGUCAAGAACGUGCCUGUAUGAAGUGUAGCGUAUGUUGACUGUGCAAAGUAACCAAUCCUUCAUUUUUUAUGCCUUAUUUGCUUAUUUAAAAAUGACACUCCUGUCCACCACCCGUCAGCAUCCUGAAUUCCCGUGAGAUGAAGCUACACCGCCUCUGUUGUCAGAUCAGCAGGUUAAUUUGAUCAGCUGCUGUAGCUAAGUGUCGUAGCAUCAUAUAAACCAGCAGACAAUGCAGCGCUCUUGGGGCUCCCCUACCGCUUCGAGUCAUCCGUUGUGCUUCACCUUGUUUUUUUCCCCCCCAUCAAACUAAGCAUGCACUCUUUUUGCAUGUAUAUCAAGAACAUUUAUCAUCGCCGAAACAGUACGUAACAAGUUUUCACAUCAGUUUGUGAUUCUGACAUCAUCUGGCAGCUCAGCCCGGACAGCCUUUCUCUUCUAAUGCACCACUCUGUGCAUGUUUGACUAGCACUGCGACAUCGUGUGAGCACCGUCACAGCUUUUUUUCCCCAGGAGAAGAAGAUGGAUGCACUGGCUGCGUGAAGGGAGAAUUAUAUAUGGCAUGAGAAUAUGAGACUGAUACACUGAACGGGAGGCAGGCGCCAGUUAUGGAGCACUUUGAUGAGAUACUGCUCACGCCUCUGGCCAACCUGUUCAUUAAAACAAUUGAUGUCAGCUCAAUUUCUCAGAGUGCUGACCCAGGAUCGUCAUUUCCUGGCCUCUGUAUUGAUUUUGUUCACCGUGUGACAUAAACCAGAGCUGUUCAAGAAAUGGCACUUUCACAUUUUCAUGUAUUUUUGACUUUAGCUUGUGUUGUUCAUGCCUCAGUCAUACUUGAUACUGUUAGGAUAUACACUUCAUGACCAAAAGUAUGUGGACAAUACAGGGUUUUUUGCAGUAUUUUUGUCUUGGUUUUUCUUAAAAAUUUAAUUACUUUCGUAUGUUUCUUAGCCCAUAUAUUUAUACAUGAAGCAGCGCCAAAAAUGUUGCUAAAGGUAUGAGAUUUUUUUUAACAACAUUAACAAUAAUAAAAGUUUACACUACUGUAUAUAUACUAUAUACUAUACUAUAUAU